AUGAUGGGUCUCCUCUAUUUUGCAGGAAUUGAUGUGCCCAGUUGGACCGUUGAUGUCAUCGGGGGGUUCUUUAGUUCCAAAAAAAUAUAUUUCGGAGCACUCAGUGCCCGUGUUUGUCUCAUCUCUCGAAAAAGUCGUGAACGUGCUGGGACUCGGUUUUCCGUGCGAGGAGUGGACGACAGCGGGUGUGUGGCCAACUACGUGGAGACAGAACAGUUCAUCUGCCACUCGGAUUCGAUGACAGCGUCCUUUUUAAUUUUGAGGGGACACGUGGAUAAGAUGCGAGACAGUUAUGGAGAUAUUUUCAUAUUAAAUCUGCUUGGAUUAUCACCUGGAGAGUUCUGCCUUUCCUACAACAUGGAGCAGCAGAUAAUUGGAAGCAAAGUCACAAAGUACGUGACAUUCGACUAUCAUUCACUGACUGGCGCUAAGAGUGCGACUGAGCGAGAUAGACUCUCCCAAACUCUGAUGGCUCAAGUGAUGCCGUUUGUGUCUGCGAUUGGUCAUUUGGUGACGAACGAUCGCGGAGUCGUCGAGAAGUAUCAACACGGUCACAUCCGUAGAAAGCAGACGGGGAUUGUGCGAGUGAACUGCAUUGACUGCCUUGACCGGACUAACUCAAUGCAGCGGGAGAUAUCUCUGCAAGUACUCCGUCAGCAGUUGACCGCCCUCGGAGUCAACACAACCGAUUCAACGUUUGCAAAAUUUUCUGAGGCCUGUACUGCCAUGUGGGUUGCCAAUGGACACGCCAUCAGCAGAAUAUAUGCAGGGACGGACUCUUUGGAGUUCAACAAAAGUCGAGUAUGACCACAAAGUCAGUGGUAGUAUACUAAUGUCUUCCGAAAUGCCGAGCGAGCUAUCCAAAGCAGCAUGUUCGACUCUCGCAAAAACACUGCCAUUUCUUUUCUGGUCAAAAACACUACGGCCACUGUCAGGGGCUACGACAGUCGGCUUGGAGCU